AGUUGGCCUGGGUUCUCUGCUUUCACUGAAGGGAAUUCAGACAGCAGCCAGAGGCGAUACACACAUCGGCAAAAUGGAAGUCAAAUUCCUGCUGCUGUUAGCCGCGUGUCUGAUAGGAGCUGCGGCCCAACUGACCACCAGUAUUUGUUCCCAAGUGUGCAGGAACCCGAGGCAAGUCCUUUGUCCAGGACCGGCUACUGCCGCCGACUGCAAGGAAGGACAAAUUUUCAAGAAGAAUGGAUCUUUUUGUAGCUGUUGUAAUGCUUGCUAUACUCAUGUCGGAGCAAAUAGGAGUUGUCUGGCCGUGCCUUCGAGAGGGAUAUAUUACCAGUGUCCAGAAGGCUACAUCUGCUCGUACAGAGAAUAUUGCGAGAAGGAAUAAUACGGCUCUGCUUAAAGGACGAAACAUGAGUUAUACAUUUGUAUAUAGUUGUAUACAGUAAUAUUUUAUACAGUUGUGUGUAUUUAUAUGCAUAUUAGCACUGCACUGCACUCAAAUUAAAGUUAUUCAAACAUAAA